AUGCCGUCCGAUGAUGACUUCUGUUCACCGAAGCCUCCGAUUCCGUUUCUGGCCGCUCCACGGCGACCUGAGAAGAAAGGUGAUGUCCAAUCGAUUCCUAUCGUUUCUGUCGCGGGUUCGAGUCUUUACUCUGAAUUUUGUGGUGGGAAAGAUGAAAAUGCAUCAGGAUCAGAUAACCAAUUAAGCGACACCUGUGCUAUUUGUUCUAAGAAUCUUUCACAUUUGAAUGACAUCAGAAAAGUUGCUCAUGUGAAUAAAUGUUUGGACGCUCAAGAAUCAUCGUCAAAUCAUGUGAAAGCCAAAGAAAAAUGGAGCAAUACCAUAGAUUGUCCUAUGUGUGGAGAACCACAACCUCCCGGGCCUCAUCGAGCAGCCCACGCGAAGCGAUGUGGUAAAACCUACAACAUAGCACCGAAGGAGUUGCUCAAGCUGAUGGAGACACAGCGCCGUGUUUCUGACGUCAAAAAGCAGCAUAGUAUGAUACAUACCAAAGCACCUAUUCCUCAAAAGAAGGAGGUCCAACCACUGAAGUUAGAAGGCGAACCAAAGUCGUUGCUCGAUGAACAUCUUCAACUCGCCAAAGCGCUCUCGGUCAGUAUGGACUCACAAGCAACCCAGGAUACUUCACCGCAAUUCACAAGGUAUGUGAUUCGCUAUUAA